AUGUCAUCUUCUGCACCUCCUCCGAGACCACCGUUCUCAUCUCUUCCUCUAGACCCUGCUGGGCCUCCUGGAAACGCAUGGGGUCUGUACGGCAAAGAUGACCGCUUAGGGGCGCUGAACCUUCUCACCCCCGCAAUCGUAGCCGCUGCCGCAGCAUCUGAGAUUCGAACUGGUCAACGAGUAUCGCUGGAUUGGUCAUUGAAUAACCCUUCUCAGCCAAGUUUCGACCGGGCACCAUUCGAGUCUAAACUCGUCAAUCGAGCUCAUCCGAGCGGCGUGAAGAGGACGGUGAAUGAUGAUAUUUUGCACUUCAACACACAAUGUAGCAGCCAGUGGGACGGCUUCAGGCACUAUGGGUACCAGAAAGCCAAACGAUACUAUAACAACACGACCCAAGAUGACCUGGAUAACCCCGGAAACAUUGGCAUAGACGCUUGGGUCGAAAAGGGCGGCAUCGUCGGCCGCGGCGUCCUCCUCGACUACGCCAGCUUCUGCGCCCGCCACUCCCUGCCCCUCGACGCCUUCACAAGCAGCGACAUCUCCCUCGCUCACCUGCAACAGGUCGCCGCUGAGCAGAACAUCACCUUCCGGCCGGGCGACAUCCUCUUCAUCCGCUCCGGCUUCACGGCAGGCUACAACGCCAAAGACGACGCCGCGCAAAAGGCCGUUGCGGCACGCGCCAGCCCAGACUUUCUCGGCCUUGAACCCACGAAGGACGUGCUCCGUUGGAUAUGGGAGACGGGGUUCGCGGCCGUGGCGGGCGACGCGCCGAGUUUCGAGAGGGCGCCCAUCGCGGGCCCGCAUACGGCUGUCGGCGGCGUGUGGAAGGGCGAGGCGUGGGAGGAAGAGAUGCAGGGCGGUGGUUUGCUGCAUCAAUGGCUGCUGGGAGGUUGGGGGUUGCCCAUUGGCGAGAUGUUUGAUCUCGAGGCUCUGAGUUCGAUGUGUCGGGAGCUGGGAAGAUGGACCUUCUUUGUGAGCAGUGUGCCGCUCAAGGUUCCGGGUGGUGUUGCCAGCCCUCCCAACGCCGUUGCCAUCUUCUGA